GGCCAGGCCAACCACCAGCUAAGGAGCAUCGACGUCACGGCGCGUCAUGCAUCGUUGAAAUAAAGUUCUCUACAUUCCCAUCGCUUGACAUAUCUAAUAUAUCCUCUGACAAUACUCUUUGUACUUUGCUUUUGCCCCCUUUUGUUUGUUUUCACGUCAGACCCUUGUCUCACUCAUCUCCGUAUUAUAUAAAAUACAUACAUUCUCAUUACACUUGGACCAAAGUCACAUCAUGCCUUUCAACCCCAUAGACGAUGCUCAAGACUUCACUAGAAUCAUAAACAGCGGUAAAACCGUACUGAUAGAUUUCCAUGCAGACUGGAGCGGAUUGUGCCGGUCCACCUCUCAGCAGUUUUCUGAGCUCUCCGACACAUUCGUUCGCAUCGGCGUGGAUUUCUAUCGCGUAAAUGUGGAUGAACUAGAAGAUGUGGUGAUGGAAGCCGAUGUACGCGUUGUCCCUACUUAUAUGGUCUUCAAGGACGGAAAGAAGCUUGGCCACGCCACGGGUGUGGAUGGUCUAAGUCUGCACAAAUUAAUGGGUUCAUACAUGACGAGAUGCGAAGUCGCUGCUUAAAGGCAACUUACUAGACAAGAGACAAUCAUUUGCGUUGUAAUUAUAUGGAAGGGAUCGUCUGGUUAUGAUAUGGGGAAAUCAAACGUAUAAGUUACAUCAUGUAUUAUUAUUACAACCAACUUUGACUUGGCUUACCAUACACUUUCAGCGAGGC